AGACAGUGUUGUUAAAUCGUGCUCGCAACCUCUAGUGCUUAGAACUCUGUGACGGCUACAAAGAUGUCGGUUGGUGCGAGUUGUGGCGAGAGUUACGGUAUUACCGUUUCACCGACCAUGUCGUGGCUCCCGGAUAAUGUACUGCUUGAGGUGCUGGGUUUUUUGUCAGUACGGGAUUUGAUCCGGAGCGGCAGAGUUUGCAAACGUUGGAAAAGGCUAAUAAUGGACAAAUCACUGUGGAAAAAUGUUGAUCUGACACCAUACAAGCUAAAUUCUAAAAUAUUCUGGCACCUUGUGAGACACAGGAUUGGAACCAGCCUGCAAACCCUAAAGGUAAAAGGUCUCUUGAAUUCAGCUAAGAAGCAAGAAUUCCUAACAUCUGCAGUGCUUCAGGAGAUGGAGAAACGCUAUCCCAACCUUGAAAACCUCCACCUGGAAGAAACGAGCCUCCGGUCCCUGAACUAUAAAUGUUUUCCAUCAACUCUGAAAACGUUGGGGUUACACCAGUGUGAGAUCCCAAUGGACUGGUUGAAAGCAUCGCCCACCAAGAACAAAAAUCUCUCAAAUUUGCAGACUCUCGUUCUUAGAAAUGUAUCUUCGUUCUCCAAUCACCACUUGGAGACUAUAUGCAGUCAAUCGUCGUUAAAAACGUUAUCACUCACUGGCACUUACAGAGUAAACGACAUUGGUAUUCAGAAAGCUGUACCUUACUUGAAAAGCCUGGAGCACUUAAAGCUUCAUGGUUGCAGCAUUACAGAUAUCACCCUGCACUUAAUUGGAUGUCACAUGAAGCAUCUUCGGAUUUUGGCUCUUACAAACUUUCGCUCCUUGACAGACUCUGGUCUCUCUUGUAUUUCUGGUGUUAAGACUCUGGAGACGUUAUGGCUCGAACACUGCAACGGUCUGUCCUCAAACUGUAUAAUAGCCGUGUGCGUCACCUUGCCAGUCCUAAAAUAUCUCAAUCUAAAUGGGAUCAUCUUUGAGGGGCGUGGUAUAGAUGAGAUACGGAAGAGUCUACCAAACUGUAGAAUUACAAACUCAAUCCCUGGCAUGGAUUCAACACUCAAAUUAUAAUUGGAAAAUAGACUGGUGGCUUCUUACAUUGUGUAAAAUGCCAUUGUUCUUAUAGGAAACCUAUAAGGGGAAUAAAAGUAUCUGCUAUGUAAAAGACUAUUUAAUAAAAAAAUAUAUAUAUCUUA